ACCUCCCCCCCCCCCCAGGUCCACACAGAUCCCGAUUCCCGAAGCGGCGGUGUCGAUCUUCCCCCAGGGGAUAUCCGCAUGACUCAUCAGACUCGCGCCCCAGCCUUUCUAUAUCUCCAUCCCAACGAUCCCACGAUCGGAGUUAUACGCCUCUCUACGACCUCUGAUUCCAUCGUAUAGCCUUUCCCCGACGCUCACCAUGCUCCGAAGUCGCCAGGCAAGAAAUGCCUUGAAGGCCGUGGGCCAGACCAGGCCAUUGAGGUCCCAGACCCCGGUGGCCUUUACCCAGUCGCUCAACAAGGUCCCGUCGAACCGGAGGACCGAGGCCACUGUCGCCACUGCUUCGUCUACUGCGUCUGGGGCGUUCAACAGCCAGGUCCGACCCACUCCUAGCCCUACUUUCAAUCAGUAUGAUAGCCAGGUGCAGCCGUUGACGGGCAUGUCGAGAAAUAUCACGGAUGAGUCGUUUAUCGGCAAGACCGGUGGCGAGAUCUUCCACGACAUGAUGCUCCGACAGGGCGUCAAACAUAUCUUUGGAUACCCCGGCGGCGCCAUCCUCCCCGUCUUCGACGCAAUCUACAACUCCACGCACUUCGACUUCAUCCUCCCCCGGCACGAGCAAGGCGCCGGCCACAUGGCCGAAGGCUACGCCCGGGCCUCAGGCAAGCCAGGCGUGGUCCUCGUGACGUCCGGCCCAGGCGCAACCAACAUCGUGACCCCCAUGCAAGACGCGCUCCUAGACGGAACGCCCAUGGUCGUAUUCUGCGGCCAGGUCCCGACGACAAGCAUCGGCAGCGACGCCUUCCAAGAGGCCGACAUCGUCGGUAUUUCGCGGCCCUGCACCAAGUGGAACGUCAUGGUAAAGAGCAUCGCCGAGCUCCCGCGCCGCAUCAACGAGGCAUUCCAGAUCGCCACCACCGGCCGGCCGGGGCCCGUCCUCGUCGACCUCCCCAAGGACGUGACGGCUGGCAUCCUCCGCAGGGCGAUUCCUACAGAUGCAGCGAUCCCAACGCUGCCCAGCGCUUCAACCCAAGACGCCAUGGACCUCAACCACAAGCAGCUAAAGGCCUCCAUCGCGCGCGUUGCCAAGCUCGUCAACAUGGCCAAGCAGCCUGUCAUCUACGCCGGCCAGGGCGUCAUCCAGUCCGAAUCCGGCCCCGAGCUUCUCAAGAAGCUAUCGGACCUCGCUUCCAUCCCCGUGACCACAACCCUACAAGGCCUCGGCGGCUUCGACGAGCUGGACUACAAGUCCCUGCACAUGCUCGGCAUGCACGGCUCUGCAUAUGCCAACAUGGCCAUGCAAGAAGCGGACCUGAUCAUCGCUCUCGGCGGCCGCUUCGACGACCGCGUUACCCUCAACGUCAGCAAAUUCGCGCCCGGAGCUCGCGCUGCAGCCGCCGAGAACCGCGGCGGCAUCGUGCAGUUUGAAAUCAUGCCCAAGAACAUCAACAAGGUUGUCGAGGCGACUGAGGCGAUCGUCGGCGACGUCGGCACCAACCUGCGCCUGCUUCUACCCCACGUCGAACCCCGCUCAACGGACGAUCGCAGCGCGUGGUACACCAAGAUCGACGCGUGGAAGAAGAAGUGGCCGCUAUCAGACUACCAGAAGACCGAGCGGCACGGGCUCAUCAAGCCGCAGACGCUCAUCGAGGAGCUAAGCAAUCUCUGCGCAGACCGCAAAGACAAAACGUACAUCACGACCGGCGUGGGACAGCACCAAAUGUGGACCGCGCAGCACUUCCGCUGGAGACACCCGCGGACAAUGAUCACGUCCGGCGGGCUGGGCACAAUGGGUUACGGGCUUCCAGCAGCGAUCGGCGCGAAAGUCGCACAACCCGACGCCCUCGUCGUCGACAUCGACGGCGAUGCCUCGUUCAACAUGACCCUGACGGAGCUCUCCACCGCCGCGCAAUUCAACAUCGGCGUCAAGGUGAUCGUCCUCAACAACGAAGAGCAGGGGAUGGUCACGCAGUGGCAGAAUCUCUUCUAUGAGGACCGCUACGCCCAUACGCACCAGGCGAACCCGGAUUUCAUCAAGAUUGCCGACGCUAUGGGUAUCCAGGGCCAGAGAGUGGCGGAUCCUACGAAAGUCAAGGAGAGCCUCCAGUGGCUGAUUGAUACGGAUGGGCCUGCGCUGUUGGAGGUGAUCACGGAUAAGAAGGUGCCUGUGUUGCCGAUGGUGCCGGGUGGGUGUGGCUUGCAUGAGUUUAUCGUAUUCAAUCCUGAAGAUGAGAAGACGCGGCGCGGGCUGAUGCGCGAACGGACAAGCGGGCUUCAUGGGUAAACCAUAUAAACCCCCAGACAUGGAAAAAAAGGGGUGAUGGCGUUGGUUUAUAGCAGAAUGUAUAGAUAAUUUCGGUUUUGGUUUCCGGUUUUGUUCCUUUCCUGCUUCGUUUGUGCGUUUUCUACAUUUGAUCCAUUGCUUUAAUGUCAAUCGCCAUUGUUUGACUCCCUGGACUAAGUCUUAUAUGUAACGCACUGGAUGUUUUUAUUCCCAGUGGAGUAUCCAUCCAGACGGGCUGGGAUGCAAUGCGAUAUAUAUAACACCACACCAUCAAUCCCCAUAUAUCCACCCAACCUACCCCCAUUCCAUGUAGAACCCCAUCAACCAACAAAUAUCAAAAACAAGUCCCCUCCCCCUCCACAACCUUCCAUCCCACC